AUCGACAAGUACUAUUACAAAAAGUCCCAGAAUGAAUUUAAUUUGCGCUUUCGGUUUGGCAUUCUUUGUUGUUAAUUUUGUCAGUGCAGGCGAUGUUUUCGAUGACUCUAGCAAAGAAACUUGCUACACUCAUGAAAAUCUCCCAAAUCCAAAUGAAUGCUGCACCCGCCCACAGUGGGUAAAUCAUUACAUUCUAAGACCGCGCCGUUUUUCCACAUCCGAGGUAGACAACUACCGAGAAGAGAAAUCAUCGUGCACUGCUAGAGGUGGAAUGUAUAAAAUUGUGAUUACUCUAGUGGAUGACCGGGUGAACGAUGUCCGUUUGUUCAGACCACGACAGCUAGGGGAUGGUAAAAAUCCGCCCUGGAAAAGCGUGAUAGCAGGUGCAAUGAAACUUUGUAAGAAUAGGAUAACGGCUGCUAUUGGGCGUCAAAUCCGUGACGAUCAAACGAUGAAAAUUUGUCAACAGGAGAGUGAAGUUUUUGAAGACUGCCUGAAUACGCAGAUAUUUUCGCGCUGUCCAUCGAAUUCGUGGUACGAAAGUGAAGGAUGUAAUAUGGCAAAAGGACACUUAAUGCAAGGAUGUCCUUACAAAUCACUUGGGGAUGUGGCAACAAUUAUGAUGGCUGGCGAGGAUACCAGCACGCAGGAUGAUGAAUCUAUGGAAAAUAUUCAGUAAGAUGCUGAUGUUACUGCCACCAGUGAUGGUUAUUAUUAAAAGCAACGGUUUUUAUUUUUCAUUAACGUGUUAAGAUAGAUAUGCUUGUUCAAUAUGUUAUAAAAAUGCCCAGCUUAAGAUAUAAAAAAUAA